UGUUUCUCUAAAAAGAAGUCGACGCAUAAGUCCAUAUGAAAAACAGAAUUACAAUCUACUCAAAAAAAAAAUCAUUGAAUAAAAAAAGAAAUAGAAAAGUUUUAUCUCGAAGAACACAACUAACUACCUCAUUGCAUCUCAUGAAUAAUAAUUCCACCACCUCCAUCCUUCUCGAAUUACACUUAUAGAAAAUAUCAAUAAUUAAUAUUGUGCGUGUAUUUAAAGAGAAGCUAGAAUUAAAGAAGAAAAUACUGUGUUUCUUUUGUUUCGUAAACUUUUGAACCCAACACAGGUGCAUCGGAAACUGGUACAUUGUUGCUGCAGCUUUACAGGAAAUAAAGGCUUCAUGGAGGCAUUAGAAGACGUAUAUAAUAAAAUUAAAAGUAUUUAUACUUCAUAUCCUUCUUCCGAGAAAAACAGAGUUUUAAAGCAAAGGCUUAUAACAUCGCUGAAAUUUCUUGAUUAUGCAUUCGAAUCUUAUGGGGCCUCACGAAUUGCUAUGUCAUUUAAUGGAGGAAAGGAUUGCCUGGUUUUAUUGUUGCUUUGUAUAUACUGCUUAAGGGAAAAAUACGGUGGUUCGAUGGCCAAACAAAAAUUAGCAGAGAUCCCUUUUGUGUUCGUACGACCGAAAGAUGAAUUUUAUGAAAUGGAUGAAUUCGUUCAAGAUUGCAAGAACCUUUACGGUCUUAACAUUAUCAGCAUUUCCCUUCCUAUGAAAGAGGCAUUUACGCUAUUCCUAGCGGACAACCCAAAUAUCCAAGCAAUACUUAUUGGCAUUCGCCGGUUGGAUCCCCAUGGCUUGCAUCGUGUUGCUUUUGAAAUGACCGACAAAGGAUGGCCGAAAUUUAUGCGAGUUCAGCCAAUUUUAGAUUGGACUUACUCUGAGGUUUGGGACCUCUUGUUGGAAACGAAAACGAAAUACUGUAUACUAUAUGAUAAGGGUUAUACUUCCCUGGGUGGCAUUUCCGAUACAUCUCCUAAUCCUGCUCUUAAGAAUAAAGAUGGAUCCUAUUCUCCUGCUUAUUUACUCCCGGAUGCUUCAUUGGAACGGUUUGGACGUAAUCAGACCGUCCCUUUUGAACGAACCAAUUCUCGUUAUCUGUAUGAAAGUGGUCCCUCGUCGUAUGCGCCUUCUGAAGUCUCUUAACUUCUUCGGCAAGGAAUUUAAAGAACUAAAUUGUCAGCAUCCACCAACCCGAAGAUCAUUAACUUCAUUCCAUACUUAACUUUUCUCUACCGGUAAACUACUGAUUUUAGAUACCUUUUUUGUUUCCUUGCUUUAAUGAUUCAUUAACGACACUAGUAUAGCUUGUAAAAUUUUUAUAGUACAUGAAGAAUUUUUCUAAUAUGAUGAGUUUCAAUCAAAUUAAAUAGGCUCAAAAUAAAUUUUAAU